AAAGUAUGUGUUGUUGAUAAAACGAAAAUAUUGUGUCGAGAGUUUUUGUUUUAGUGAGUAAAAGAUUAAUAUAUUACCAACGUACACCGGACUUGUCAAGAUGAAAUUGAACACAUCACUUUUUAUAUGUUUAUUUUUUUCUACUAUAAUUUCCAUUAAGGCAAUUGACUUUGACAAAGAAGAGUACGAUUAUCCGUCGACGGAAAAUGUAGAAAACGAGAUGCCCAUAGAGGAAGACGAACAGGAAGUGGAAACCCAAGAACCCGAAACAGCCCCUUUUCAGUACAAACCCAGCAAACGGGUGGAAGAGAUGGAGAAUAACAUGCCGGAUAGCGCUAAGGUAUUCAUCGGGGUCGGUAAGUUGAAGGAUACCAUGACUGACACGUACGCGAGCGCGAUGGCCACGGAUACAGCCAAAGCCGGACUCGCCGAUGCAGAUCACGAGUGGCAACUGUUGCUCGAGGGUCCGGAAGCUGCCCGGGUGAUCGGCACGUCCGGCCAGAACUUCAACACGAUUUUCUCGUCCAACGACGGCGCAGACAUGAUCAACAUGCUGGCCACCACCAUGCACGUGCUAUUAACCAAGGCCGGCGAGCAGAAGAUGAGCUCUGGGCUCAGAGACAUCAUGUCGAUGACGUACUCGUUGUUCACGUCACCCAACAUGCCCGAGAUCGUCAACAAGGCCGGUGGGCUGGUCAUCACUAUCGUGAACAAACCCGGUGCCCCGAUGUUCACCAAGACGUACUGGAACGAGACUAAGAAACUCUUGUCUGAUAAGAACCUCAAUGAAAAACUGAAAAAGUAUUUCGCCAACAUAAUAUCCAUGAUGAAGUCAUUAAGCGGAAUGAUGAAAGGCGGCAAGCAGUUACUAAACAGACGUAAACGUGCUAUCGCGUAGUAAUAAUAUUAUAUACAUCAUUCACAUAUAUACAAUAUUAUAUAAGGUACAUAAGUACAUUUACAAACGGUAUAAGUACCUACAUAAUAUAUAAUUUAUAUAAUAGUGUGGCAAUGUAAUUUUACACAUAACACUUCCGUGACCUAUAUAUACCGCAUGUCACCCCGUUUGUACUUUGUUAUAAUAAUACAAUUAAUGUUAUAAUUAUUACCACUACUAUUAUUAUAAUAUAUGAAAAAGUAUAAUAUAUUAAACUAGCUGAAUA